AGAUAAUCAGCAUUAGACCAAAGACCAAGAGACGAAGGGCCAAAAAUAGUUACUUCACUGCUUAGAUCCUCACCAGACUCUAGCCAAUCAUCGUAUCCAACAGCCGUGAAAUCAGCUUCGUUAUCCAUUAUUAAUUGCUAGAUAUCUACCCGAGAGUCUAUCUUAUAUCCCCAGUCAUUAAAUGGAUGCAACGUGCCCCAUAUGCUCGAAGAGCGUCAGCAGAGCCCUUCUUGAACGGCAUGUCAAUAGCUGUCUAGAUACCCAAGAGUCUGCCAACGGGUCCCAAGACCAGGAAGAGGUGGUGAUUGUGUCGGAGGAUGUGUCCAAGAAACGGAGAUCAAAUCCUCUUCUAUCGUUGGGGUUGAAGAUGGACUCGAAGAAGCCAAAGGUAGACAAGGGGACAAAAAAUAGACCCUCCUUGACCAAAUUACUUAUAGAAGAACGGAGGUUGAAGAAGGAAAGAGAAGAUAGACUUGCUAAAGGCGAUCCUGGAGUCUCGUCCGAUCCCGACUUCCAGGGCUCCCAAGAUCACCUCUCUCAAGCAUCUAAGGAACCAAAGGCCAUAUCUCAAGUUCAGACCCCUCCAAAGCGGUCUCUAAUCUUGCAGAAAAGUGAAGAACUAGCUCAAUUGCGACGUGAAGCGAGCAUCCCAUUAGCACAACGGUUGAGGCCAAAAUCUUUAGGUGACUAUUUUGGUCAGGAGAAGCUCUUGGGCAAGAAUGGUUUGUUGAGGAAUAUAAUUCAGGCGGAUCACGUACCAUCCUUCAUCCUCUGGGGAGUUCCAGGUGUGGGGAAAACUACAUUGGCAAGAAUUAUUGCAAGCAAUUCUUCCAGUAAGUUUGUUGAACUUUCGGGCUCUCAAAGUAAUUCAAAGGACUUGAGAGAAGUCUUCACCCAGGCAACAAAUGAAAAGUCGUUAACCGGUAGAUCCACCAUUUUAUUUCUAGAUGAAAUUCAUCGAUUCAAUAAAGGUGUGCAAGAUUUGUUGCUACCAGUCAUUGAGAAGGGUGUGUUGACAGUGAUAGGUGCCACCACCGAGAACCCUUCCUUCACGCUCAAUAAUGCAUUAUUGUCACGGAUGCAUACAUUCGUAAUGGAACCUUUGAGCACUGAAGCAGUAUCCAAGGUAAUUAAUCGUGGUCUUUAUCAAGUCAAUAGACUCAGAAAGAGUUUGUACAAAUUACAUUUCAUUUCAUUGAACAAAGAUGCUGUCAAGUACUUGGCUGAAUUAGCAAUGGGUGAUUCAAGAGUGGCUCUCAAUUUGUUGGAGUCGGUCAAUGCAUAUUUUUCAACUGAUGAGUUUUCCACGGCCAACAAAGAUAGGACAGGUGUUGUUCAUCUUACUGCUGAAAUGCUCAAACCUUUAUUAAGCUCCAGAAAUUUUCACCAGAUGUAUGAUAGGGUAGGUGAAUCGCACUACGAUACAAUCAGCGCAUUUCAUAAAUCUGUCAGAGGCUCCGAUCCAGAUGCUGCUGUUUUUUACCUUACAAAAAUGUUAUCUGGAGGGGAGGAUCCUAUGUUUUUAAUCAGAAGAAUGAUAGUUAUUGCUUCGGAGGAUAUUGGAUUGCGAGAUAGCUCGUGCUUACCGUUUGCAGUAGCAGCUAAGGAGGCUCUAGAGUUCGUUGGAAUGCCUGAAGGAGAGAUUAUCUUGGCCCAUUGCGCUGUGAAAUUGGCAAGAGCACCAAAGUCCACCAAAUCAUACCGUGCAUUGCGAACGGCACAAGCAUUGUUAACUGAGCAUCCGGAAUAUACCAAGCUUCCGAUACCACUCCACAUACGGAAUGCUCCAACCAAACUCAUGAAAGAGUUGGGUUACGGAGAAUCGUAUAGAUAUAACCCGAACUUUAAGCAUGGCAAGGUACAUCAGAGCUAUCUUCCACCCGAGUUGGAGGGAACCAAGUUUGUGGAAGAUGUGCAUCUUGGGACACAGCUUGACGAGAAUGUGCUGGAGGAUGCUUACAAGAAAGCCGAACAAUUAGACAAAGAAUACAAGGAGUUCAAGAAGAAAAAGAAGAAUGAGCUCAAGCAAAAAUAUAUGCAUGCGUUACGGCAACAUUCUUAUGAUGAGAACUUGCCCAAAGAGGCCCAGCCAGAGUACUUUGAUGGUAACGAAAAGGAUGAGUAUUCAGAUGAUCCCGACUGUACGAAUAACUUCAGUCACCCCUACGACGAGUUUUUGGAUCGGGAAUCACAGCCAGAGUAUUUUGGCGAAGAG